UUGAACACAAUGACAAUUGCCAGAUGCCAAAAAACGAAUGAAUUAAAACAUUGACAGGGCGAGAAUGCAAUAGGCUCUGCCCACCUCUGCACACCAGGGGGUGGGUCAUCAAAUGUUACCGAAUACAAAUAGGGGAAAGUAAGGGAUUCCAGCAACAAACCCAUCGAUCACAGAGGAGGAAAACCACUGGACUAAAGACUUCAGGAGAAACGCAACUAGGCUGCCAACACGCCCGUAGACAAGAUUAUUUAUUUUCUCAUUUUAGACAAUGAAGCCGCCUCGUCCAACCUUAUUUGAUUUCCAUGGAGUUCCAAUGACCCAUAUUUUCACUGACGACUGGGAAAAUAUUAAACACUUCCAAGCCAGACCAGAUGAUAUCCUCAUCGCAACAUACCCAAAAGCAGGAACCACAUGGGUCUCCUACAUUCUUGAUCUUCUGUAUUUUUCUCAGACAAGGCCAGAUCGUCAGACUUCCAUGCCUAUUUAUGAGAGAGUACCUUUCCUGGAGAAUAAGAAACCAAAUCAUCCUUCCGGAACCGAUUUGGCCAACAGUCUGGAUACUUCACCUCGUCUCAUCAAAACUCACCUGCCUGUACAGUUGAUUCCCAAGUCUUUUUGGGAACAAAAAUGCAGGGUAGUCUAUGUGGCCCGCAAUGCUAAAGACAAUGCAGUGUCUUAUUUCCACUUCAACCGCAUGGACAGCGUUCAACCAGAGCCAGGAGACUGGAACAGCUUCCUACAGAAUUACAUGGAAGGACAGAUGGCAUUUGGAUCCUGGUUUGAUCAUGUGACUGGCUGGUGGGAGAGGAAACAGUCCCAUCCUAAACUACACUACAUGCUCUUUGAAGAUAUGGUUGAGGACACUGGGCGAGAAAUAGACAAGUUGUGCUCCUUUCUUGGUCUGACCUCGACAGCCGCAGAGAAGGAACAAAUCAGACGUCAGUCGCAGUUUGAUAAUAUGAAGAAAGACGACAUGGCUAACUAUUCAAGUGCGAUAGUUAUGGACUUUAAGAUCUCUCCCUUCAUGAGAAAAGGGAAAGUUGGUGACUGGAAAAACCACUUCACCGUAGCCCAGAAUGAACAGUUUGAUGAAGAGUAUCACAAGAAGAUGAACAAUACAACUCUGCAUUUCCGCACUGAAGUUUGAAGUCUGGCCAGGCUAGUCUUGCAUCAUGAUUAAACCAGAGUGACAGAUUAAGUUAGGAGGUAGACUAUAGAUGCAUAUUGCUGUUAAACACAUGAAAUAAACAGCCACAUAUAUUAAUACAUUUAAACACUGAUUUAGCCCUUUUUUAACAAUAGACAAGGAAGAGUAAUUAGUAAAGGGAAACUAUAUAAUAUAAUAUUACAAUACAAUACUUCCUGAAGGAUUACUAGAGUUAUAGACAUAAGAGAUCUUAUAUUAUAUGUAUUAAUAGUAUUUUGAGAUAAUUAACGGAAGACCAAGAACAAAUAAGAAAGAUAAGUAAAUUGAAACCGUAUUGGUUUGUCAUUUAUCUAAGUAAACACAAAUACUUGAAUUGAUUCCAAUUCAAGCACUGAUCUUACCUUCGGACACACAGUCACCCAGGUCUUUGCUAUUCAUUUGUUAGUCAAUGUGGGAGAACAGUCAAGCUGUAUACAAAGAACACUGCAUCUUACACACAAUAAGGAUUCUCUUGAUGGGAAAUUGACUCAAACAAUGUUUAGUUACUGUGUGUGUGUGUAGUAGUGUUGUAUUCAUAAGUAAACAAAUUCAUAAGAUUAUCUAUUUUCUAGACCAACCUCCCUGAGUGCAGUCUAGCCCUACAUUUUUUACUUUCUUUGUCAGUCUAUUCAUUCUUGAUUUAAUUAAUGUCUCAAGCAGUGGUGUAGUCUACUUAUACGUCUAGGUAUACGCCGACUCGGAAGUCUGGCGUUCGAGGAUUUAGGGACACACCAUCUUCUCACUCGCUCUGCCCACUAGGAACACAAAACACAACACAAACACUUAAGGAGUCCCAGGCUACAUGCUACAAUAACAUUCAAAGUUACAAUAUGAAAAGCAAACUAGACUAUUUCAGUGUUUUAGUUAGUUAUAAGCCUGGCCGCUCAAAAUCUACUGCUGCCGGUUUGGUUGGCCCUGCAGCAGCAGUUGCCACUACCAGAGCUACGGAGACUAGCAAAGACACAACAGAAAAGUGUGUGUGUGUGUGUGUGUGUGUCCAGUCCUCCCAUAUUAAUGUGUAUACCACAUAACAAGUAGUCAAGAACGGCGGAGAACGUGGACAUCUCGCUGUCCAGCAUCUCCGACGACAGCGUGGUCAUCGUGCCCCCGGGGACGCUUGGCCCC